UCAAAAAUCACACUCAUUCAUUUUUCAUCCCCACACAUACACUUGAGAGUGAGAAGAUGUAUCGUGCAUACAAAUCAGUGCAUCCUUAUUACGAAAAACCUAAGUUCAUGCCUCAAGAUAAACUCGACGCCGGAAAUAAAAUAGUGAAAAUGUUAGAAGAAGCAGAUAUGAAUAAGGAUGGUCGUUUAACAAGGGAUGAGAUCGAGAAAGCUCUAAAAGGUUUAGGUUCAUACUUCCCUGGAUGGAAAGCAAAUCGUUGUCUCAAGAAACUUGAUGCCAACAAUGAUGGCCAAAUUAGUGGUGGUGAAAUUGAUGAUUUGGUUGAUUAUCUUCUUAACCAUGGUUAUGGAAAGAAAUGAAAGAAGUGAAGUAAUUAGAGGUGCAUCCCUCACUUUAGGUUUCAAAUCUAAAUUACCAUAUUGAUGUACUUGUGUUUAACUAUAUGUAGUUUAUGUUAUGUGUUUAUAAUGUUUUAUGAUCAUGCAUAAAUAAGACUCAAGAGUUGGAGAUAAGCAAUUCUAAGAGGUUGAUCUAAUGAUAAAAAAAAUGUUAUGAAUUUA